AUGCAUUUCUCGACCGCAACCAAGAUCCUGGCCUUCUUUGCCAUCACCGCCACUGCCAUAGCAACCAAAUCUCGCCGCCAGGCAGCCGAUGUCUGCAUGCUCGACUCUGUCACCGAUAAUCCUUCUCAAGACGAUGUCCAAGCAUCCAUCAACCAAUGGAACACCGACGUCAAUACCGUAAACGCUUUUCUCAACCAAGCCAGUGGCUUCGCUCACGGCAUGGAGAUCCAAAACGCCACCAUGCAAACCCUGCUCUUCGCCCAAGACGAACCCUGCCAACUCAAGACUCUGAUCAGCAUCAGCGACUUUAUCGGUGGCGGCACUGAUGCCUUCAAUUGUGCAGCCAUGGACCUCAUGACGGUCUUUGACACCCACGUCCUUCAAAACCUCAGGACUAUUAUUAUGUCGCCUAGUGACAGCGAUGUGAUUACUCAUGCCAUCAGCGAUAUCAAUACUUUUAGGUGUUGCAAUGUUUUGCCUGAUGCUAAUAUUCUUUGGUUGGAUGCUGCUACUGAUAAUGGGAUUGCGGAUCAGGUCAAUGUUACGCCGGGACGUGAGGAUGCUUGUGCUAAUAUUGAUUGUGGUACCGUGGCUACGGCUGCUAAUUGUACUUCUCUCAAUAAUGGGAAUAAUCCUUUGAACUAG